UCUCCACGUGACAGCAGAGCUGAGCUUAUAUAGUAAAAGCGGCCCAAGCAUCAGCACCACUGAGCUUCAACUCCUCAUCAGCAGAGCGCUACGGAGCCUGGAAGUGCUGAGCAGGCGGAGAAAGCAAGCAAGCAAGCAAGCAAGCCGCACAUCGACCUCACACACCGCUUCACCAUCACCACCACUAACGAGCUUCAGGUGUUCGACAUAACUCUGUGUGUGUGUGUGUGUGUGUGUGUGUGUGUGUGUGUGUGUUUUCUUUCUUUCCUUUUUUUUUUUUACGGAGGACAAAACCCGAGACGCUUCAUUCUCCCCCCUUCAACCCGCGGAGCAGCACGUGAAGCGCGAGUGUGAGUGUGUGUGAGUGUGUGUGCCGCUUCUGAGCGCGUACUGUAUGAUGAGCUGUGAAUAACGGAUCCACGGCGAGCUUUGGAGUGACAAACUUUCUCCCGGCGACAGGGAUGCUCAGAGCCCUAACUCCACUUUGGCCUUCUGAAGGAACUUGAUAUUAGUUUUUUUUUAUAGCUGAUCGGACUUUUUUCUCGUUUUCAGUCGCAGGUAUCCUUGUGUCAUCUCGUGCGUGAGAGAGUGUGUGUGUGCGUGUGCGUGCGUGUGCGUGUGGGUCGCUCAGGCGGUAUUGAGGGUAUCAAUCCUGCUUCUGCUGAACAUGUCUGUUGGCGAUCUGGGUUGCGUUACAACAGAACUCCAACAGCAGAUAACGUUGAUGUAUUAUCAACAGCUGCACUGUGUGCGCUGAAUGAUUGCUUUCCUUCCUCACCCCCCCUGAUGAACUGCUACUCUUCAUCCUCCUCUAUAGGUUUUUUCUAUACAUCCGAUCAGCGUCUUGCACUGGUUCCUAUAAUCCCAUUAUAAGUCUUAGGGUACAAGAGGAUUCAUUUCUUCCAGCCUGUGAUGAAGUCGUGCGCUUUUCUUUUUUGAAACCCGCUUUAGAAGGAGAGAUGACAAUAGUCCCUGAUGAUAAACUCUGUCCCGUCUGAUCAGAGACACUCCGAAGUAUGGACUUCUAAACUUCCCGGUCCAUUUCUAGGAACAAUCUGUAAGGCAUACGUCUAAAAUCUUUCACACGGACCUUGAGGACGGUGGAGAAACAAACGACCCAACAAACCAACCCAACACUUUAGACACGUUUGGCACUUCUGACUGAGUUGGAGAGAAACGCACAGCCGCCCAGAUGCAGUUUCGACUCUUCUCCUUUGCUUUGAUCGUGUUGAACUGCAUGGACUACAGCCACAGUCAGACACAGGCGCAUCGCUGGAGAAGGAACAAAAGAGCUAGCUCUGUUAACCCAACCUGCAAAGGCUGCUCAGUGUGUUCAAAGGACAAUGGGUGUAUGACGUGCCAGCCCAAGCUCUUCCUUUUCCUGAGGAGGGAGAGGAUUAGACAGUACGGCGAGUGUCUCCACGUCUGUCCCUCUGGCUACUACGGCACCCGUGGGCCGGAGAUCAACAUGUGCUCAAGAUGUAGGAUCGACAACUGUGAGACCUGCUUCAGCAAAGAGCAUUGUACAAAGUGCAAGCCUGGUUUUUACUUGCACAAAACUCGCUGCUACGAGAAGUGUCCAGAGGGCUUUGCUCCAUUGGAUGACAGCAUGGAGUGUGGAGAGGGCUGUGAGGUGGGACAGUGGAGUGAGUGGGGCAUGUGCACCAGAAGGAAUAAAACAUGUGGCUUCAAGUGGGGAUUGGAGACCCGUACACGGCAUAUUGUUAAGAAACCGCCAAGGGACACAAUACCAUGCCCAACGAUUGCUGAGUCCAGGAGGUGCAAAAUGCCUAUGCGACACUGCAGGAAAGGGGGAUCGGGGAAGCACAAGCCCAAAGAUCAGAAGAAGAAGUCGAACAAGCAGAGGCUGCGUUUCCGGGCUCAGAACCACCACAGUGACCACCUGGCUUCAUUGAGGGCCAGCCAGUAAAGACUGAGAUUUCCACAUGGAACGAAGAUCAGAAAGCUGCUACCCGCUGCUCUAAACACAAUCAUAUUCAUUUACACAUACACACACACACAUACACACAUACACACACAAACACAAAUGCAGUUCCUCAUAGUCUCUUAAGCUGUACACACACAUUCACACAUGCGCUGUGUAUUUGUACCUCCUGCUGCUUCCGUCGUGCCCCAACGCGUGACCCUUCUCAACAUCAUCAAGCCGUACAGCAGCUGUUGCUACCCAGUCUGAGCUGGAAGAUGAGGAAAACAGAGCUGAACAAGGACUGAAGGAGUCAUGAACUUAAAGGUUGGAGGAUGAGCAAUGAGCAAACGAGGGAUAGAGAGUGGGAUUGAGCAGGAGAGAGAGAAAGAAAGAGAGAGAGAAAGAGCAGGAAUGGAUAGAAAGAGGGUGGAUGCCUUGAGAAGAAAGAGACUUGUCUAUAUUUAUGUAAAAUUAUGUGCGCACUAACAGAGGCAGAGUGCGCCAUGUCAUGCCUUUUCCGUUGGCUUUGUACAUUUUUGAGAGUAAUCCAGUAUAAUGUGUAGUUGCAAAAGUAUUUUAUUCUCAGCACAAGAUGUUUACGUCCAGACUGCUUUAUGCUCUAACUGUAUAUUGUGGAUAAUAAAUAAAUUUAGUUAUUCACCUAGCAUGGCCACAAGCUCAUGUGUACAUAGUUGGUGAGUUUAUCUAAUGAUAUUAUCAAAAUAAAACAUUACUGUAUUUUCAGUAUUGAAAACUUCUUCACCAUUAAAUGUGUUAGAAAAAAGGUUAUAAUACCAGCUACAGAUUUAAAUUUAAAAAAGAACAAUAGGUAAAUAAAGCAUAGCCUUCACAUAGCUAUUACAUUUAUAAGGUAUAUAUUUGAUUUAUUUAUUGAUUUUUAUUUUGUACUUUUUUUUGUGUGUGUGUUUGGUGACAUUUUUUGUCUCUGUAUAUGUUAUUACUCUGUUCUGAAAUUUUCUUUUGAACACUUAUAAACAACACGGAUAUCUCCAAAAAUUGAACCAGUUUCUGUCAGAUGUGUGUAAUAACUGUUCUUCAGAAGAACUUUCCAUGCUUUAAGCUUUAAACUGACCCAUAAUAAAGCAGCUAAAUAUUAUAGGCAAUGGAAUGACCAUGUAUAUAUGAUGUUCUAUUAAAAAUGCAGUUCAUGCCA